UAGACAGAGGGUCCUACUAGUGAAUUGAAUGAAUACAGUAUGUGAGAUCGGAGUUUUUGAGAGUUUCAGAGAAAGAGAGACGGAGAAAGAUGAUAAAGGCAGUGAUGAUGAUGAAUACACAAGGCAAGCCACGGCUAGCUAAAUUCUACAAUUACAUGCCUGUGGAGAAGCAGCAGGAGCUAAUCCGCGGCGUGUUUUCAGUACUGUGCAGUAGACCUGAGAACGUAAGCAAUUUUCUGGAGAUCGAUUCAUUGUUUGGACCGGACUCUCGGCUUGUAUACAAGCACUAUGCUACACUCUAUUUUGUGCUAGUAUUUGAUGGUUCAGAAAAUGAGCUUGCUAUGCUUGAUCUCAUUCAAGUUCCUGUUGAAACACUGGACAAAUGCUUCAGCAAUGUCUGUGAACUCGACAUUGUGUUCAACUACAGCAAGAUGCACGCAGUGUUAGAUGAGAUUGUAUUUGGAGGACAGGUACUAGAAACUAGUUCCGCUGAAGUCAUGAAAGCUGUUGAAGAAAUAUCAAAAUUAGAAGCUGCCUCAAAUUCAAUUUCACUUGUGCCGAAGUCUGUUUCCGGCUGGCGUGGCCGAUAAGCUUUUUUAAGCUUCCUGAACUGUCAUUGGAAACAAGAAGUCAGACAAAACAUGUAACAAAGGUUUUUUAUCCUGUCUUGAUCCAUACCUGUUUUGUUUGCAUGGAUGGGCUCAAUGGUCUAACCGUGGGCCUAAGAAUUGUAAUUGGGGGAAAGGGAACUGCAUGCUGUUUGAGAAUGUAACAAAAACGACGAGAAGUUAAGAUUUAUAAAACGUUCAACAAUGUCCAAAA